AUGCAGAGGCUGCUCUCAUUCCACUUGCUAGGAUUCCUGCUGCUACUGAGCCAACUUCCCAGAGAAAGUCGAGGCCAAAACUGGGACACUGUUAUUAAGGUAUGUGGCCGGCAAUUGGCGCGCGAGCAGAUCAAAGCCUGUGGCAACUCGCUGUCGUCGUGGAGAGAUGUAAAUGACCGAAGGGAGAGACGAGAAUCUGGACCACCCAGAGAACCAACCUCCAAGAUGGAUGAGAAUACCUCGAAAAUGCUAGGAGAAUACAUUGCUAAGUUUCUGCGUAGAACAUUUUCUCCGAACCAUCCAGUGAUUAUUAAGCUUAAACAACUUGCAUUGGAAAAUAAAGAUAUUUCCUUCAAAGAAUUCCAGGAAAUUAUCUCUAAUACUGCAAGAGAAGGCAACAACAUUCCUUCAAAAUUAAUCAGCAAAGACGCUAAUAAACAACGCAGAAAAAAGAGACAGGACACAGUAUCACUUAGUAGUAAAUGUUGUCAUUCAGGUUGUACUUUAAGAGAGAUUGCUAGGUUUUGCUGA